AUGAAUUUGAAUCUUCUCGACAACAUCUCUCAAAACUCUCUUUUCUACCAGUUCACAGAGCGAAAAAAAGAAUGUGAAAGCAUAAUCAAUCUUUUCCAAGAAAUUUCGAAUCUUCAGAAUACAUAUUCUUACAAUCUAGAAAAUAUUAUAAAUCAGGUUGCUUUCGGUCAGCUGUCAGGAUCCUUAAAUGAGGCUUGGGCAGCUAUGAAUAAAUAUUUUCUGAAUAAAGCGCAUCAGUCCCAGCAAUUUGCUGAGAAUUUAGAUUCAGAUGUGAUCCCACCCUUGCAGAUGAUGCUGAAAAAUUACAAUUAUUCAUUAAAGAAACUUUAUGGAGAUUGUAAUAAAAUUUCCAAAGAAAAACAAAGGCAGCUGGAAGAGGCAGAAAAUUCUAUAAGAUUUUGGGUCUAAUAAAUAAAAUUAUUAUCAAAAAUUAUUUAUUUUUUAUUAAAAUUAAGAAAAAUUAAGGUUUUUUUAUGCAAAAAUAUAUAGGAUAUCGUAUAAAGUAAAAUAUUGAAAAACCUGCUCGAAUUGUGAACAAAUUUUAUUAAAAUUAGACCCAAAUAAUGACCAAAGCAAAAUAAUCUCAAAUAAAAGCAAAAAAGAAGUAGAAAAACAGCUAAAACUUUAUAUAGAUGCAAUAGAAAAUUAUAAUAAUCUGACUACAGCUUGUUAUGAAGCUUCCUCAAAAUUCGCAAAAGAGCUUCAAAUCGAAAACUCAAAUCUUUUUGACUCCUGCAAAGACUCUCUUACCAAAUUUAUCGUAUACGAAACUUCUGCAUUAAGAAACCUUCAAUAUGAUAUUGAGACUUUUUCCCAAAUAAUUCAAAACCUCGAGCUAAAAGAAAAUUUAGAUUUGCUAACGAUUGACAGUUCCAGCGAAAACUCCCAAGAACUUUCUUAUGAGCCUUAUGCAGGAUCCCACCCAUUUUUCAAAAGCCUUGCCACAAAAGAAAAAAUCACAAGCAAUUUUCAUAUUGAAGGCUUAGGAAAAAUAGGCAGCUUAUAUAAGCGAGAUUUAGAUAAAAUUUUAAAUAGAGCGUACCAAGGAAUCAAAUUAAAUGCAGAGGACUAUCAACAAUUUAAUUGUAUAAUAAAAGAAAACGUUGGGAGAAAAUGCUGAUGUCUAUGCAUGAAUGGGUAUAAAAAUAAAGGCAGCUUUGUGCUGACAGAAGAUGGAUUUUUAUUAGUGACUGAACUUUUAAGCUCUUUUUUGAAUGAAUGUGAAAGAGAUGGGGAUUUAUUAUCAAUAAAAGAGUGCUUAACAUUUUUACAGUCUUUUUAUAAAGAAAAUAGUGAUGGGAAGGUAUUUUUGAAGGAAAAUCUGUGCAGCCACCCAAUAUGAGAAAAUUUGGAAUUAUGGAGUUCCUUGAUACAGUUUUCGAUAGAAAACGAAAUGAAGGAUUGUCAAAAGUAUAUAAAAAAAGAAAAAGAUACAAGUUUGCAUAUAGAAAAUGUGGCAUUUUGUCAGCUUGGGUCGUUUUGUGACACUAUGCAAGCUUUUCAUAUGUAUCUAAUUACAAUGAAUAAAAGCAUUCUUGCUGAUUAUCCUAUUUAAUAUUUUGGAAAUAAUCAGAAUGCUUAUAUUCGCUGCUUUUAUGCAUAUAAAUUUUUUGUAAAUUUAGGGUGGCUUGAUAAAAGAAAAAAUAAUUUAUCUUUAAAAAAUAUUAAUAUUGGGAUAUCUAUUAAAAAUUUUUAUAUAUAUAUAAUUAAGAUAAAAUUUUCCAGAAUUAAAAGGCUUAUUAUGAGACUUUCAAAAAAAUACAAAAUCCCAACCAAAGAUUUGCAAAUUUUAUUAGCAAAUAUUGACCCUGAAAUAGAUGUAACACAAAGUCUUGAGCAUGAAAAAACCCAAGAAGUUUUUAGAGGGGUUCCAAUAUGGCUAAAAGUAAUAGAAGGAGCAGCUACAGCAUUAAGUAAGCGAAGCACAAAUAAGAAUCCUAAAGGUCCUCUAAAGCUUUCUCCGCCACGUUUAGACCGUACUGGUGAGUCAAAAACUCCUGAUGUUUUCAAUUUUGAAGAUAGAAGAUCUUUAUAA